ACAAAAAGUACCGUCCAAGCGACCCACAUGUCACUGUUUCUUCGCUUCAAUACGGCGUCGCUUAUCACCAUCCCCCCCUGGCCCCUGCUACUUGUAAUAAAAACCCAUCUAAAUCCUCUUCCAAAUUCUGUAGAAAUUUUUUCUUUCUUUCUUCUACUACACAACACAGGAUGGGAGGAACAUCAACGAUUUCAGUUGGGUCCGAUGGGGUGGCUAUCAUCACCAUCAUCAACCCACCUGUUAAUUCACUUUCUCUUGAUGUACUUAAUAGCUUAAAAGACUCUUUUGACCAAGCCUUACGAAGAGACGAUGUGAAGGCAAUUGUUGUAACAGGUGCAAAAGGCAAAUUUUCUGGUGGUUUUGACAUUAAUGCUUUUGGUGGAGUUCAUGAAGGAAAGGCUAUGACAACAGGAGCAGCAUCAAAACCUGGUUAUGUAUCAAUCGAUAUUCUGUCUGAUACCCUUGAAGCUGCAAGAAAACCUUCUGUUGCUGCUAUUGAUGGGCUUGCUUUAGGUGGAGGAUUGGAGGUUGCCAUGGCUUGCCAUGCUAGAGUUGCUACUUCUACUGCUCAGUUAGGCUUGCCUGAACUCCAGCUCGGUGUUAUUCCUGGAUUUGGAGGAACUCAACGGCUUCCAAGACUUGUUGGUCUUGCAAAGGCCCUUGAAAUGAUGUUGACAUCAAAGCCAUUGAGGGGAGACGAAGCUCAUAGUUUGGGGUUAGUGGAUGAAAUUGUAUCAGGAGAUCAAUUACUAGAAACUGCACGUAAAUGGGCAUUAGACAUAUUGGAAAGAAGAAAACCAUGGAUUGCAAGUCUUUAUAAAACUGAUAAAUUAGAGCCACUUGGUGAGGCAAAAGAAAUACUAAACUUUGCUAGAGCUCAAGCUCGCAGACAAGCCCCAAAUUUACAGCAUCCACAAGUUUGCAUUGAUGUUAUUGAAGAAGGCAUAGUCUCGGGCCCACGUGCAGGCCUAAAAAAGGAGUAUGAAGAAUUUCAGAUUCUUUUACAUUCGGAUACUUGCAAAAGCUUGGUUCAUGUCUUCUUUUCUCAACGUGGAACUAUAAAGGUACCCGGGGUGACAGAUCGUGGUCUGAAGCCAAGACAGAUAAAGAAGGUUGCUAUUCUUGGAGGAGGUUUAAUGGGGUCAGGGAUAGCAACAGCUUUACUUCUAAGUGGAUAUCAAGUUAUCCUGAAAGAAAUCAAUCAAAAGUUCUUGGAGGGUGGAUUAGGCAGAGUCAAAGCCAAUUUGUCAAGCAGUGUUAGAAAAGGUAAGUUGAGUCAAGAAAAGAUGGAGAAAAUUCUGUCUUCUCUCAAGGGCGUUGUUGAUUAUGAAAGCUUUAGGGAUGUGGACAUGGUGAUAGAGGCUGUUAUUGAGAAUGUGUCUUUGAAGCAACAAAUAUUUAUGGAUUUGGAGAAGUAUUGCUCUCCACAUUGCAUACUUGCAAGUAACACCUCUACAAUUGACUUGAAUCUGAUUGGUGAAAAGACAAAGUCUCAUGAUAGGAUAAUUGGGGCACACUUUUUCAGCCCUGCUCAUGUGAUGCCACUUUUGGAAAUUGUUCGUACAGCAAAGACAUCUGCUCAGGUGGUUGUGGAUUUGUUAGAUGUUGGAAAAAAGAUAAGAAAAACUCCAGUUGUGGUUGGCAAUUGCACAGGUUUUGCUGUGAAUCGUAUGUUUUUCCCAUAUACCCAAGCUGCCCUUUUGCUUGUGGAACGUGGGGCCGACCUCUACAGGGUAGAUAAGGCAAUUACUAAAUUCGGAAUGCCAAUGGGCCCUUUCAGAUUGUGUGAUCUUGUAGGAUUUGGUGUUGCAGUUGCAACUGGGUCACAGUUUGUUUUUAAUUUCCCUGAAAGAACGUAUAAGUCGAUGCUGAUUCCACUCAUGCAAGAGGAUAAAAGAGCCGGUGAAACGACUCGCAAAGGUUUCUAUGUGUAUACUGAUAAGAGGAAAGCAAGUCCGGAUCCUGAAAUUAAGAAAUAUAUUGACAAGGCAAGGGAAAUGACUGGUGUCUCCAUUGAUCCAAAGCUUGAGAAAUUAUCAGAGAAGGACAUAAUAGAGAUGAUAUUCUUCCCUGUUGUGAACGAGGCUUGUAGAGUAUAUGCCGAGGGUAUUGCAGUAAAAGCAGCCGAUUUGGACAUCGCUGGAGUCAUGGGAAUGGGAUUCCCACCUUACAGGGGAGGGAUUAUGUUUUGGGGAGAUAAACUUGGAUCUAAAUAUGUAUAUUCAAGGCUAGAAGAGUGGUCAAAAUUGUACGGAGAGUUCUUCAAACCUUGUGCCUACUUGGCCCAAAGAGCUGCACUUGGGGCUCCUCUGAGUGCACCAUUGGAUCAUGCAAAACCGCGCUUAUGAGAUGGAAAAUGACAACAUCAUAUCUUGUGUUGUGCUAAAUUAUAUGAAGAAACCUGGAAUAAAAUGUUGCUUUUUUUUUUCUUUAUAUAAAAUGUUAUGAUAUUGUAUCAUCAUGUGUUGUUCACAAUAAUGCUUUUGUAACGACUUUUAAAGAGUAGAUGAGUUGUUUUUACAAGUCAAAUGCUUACAUUGUUUGUCUAAGUUAUGAUUUUAU